AUGAUCAGCCCAGCCAUGAUCAGAAGCAAUGUUCUUUUUCCACUCGGCCUUGCGUUGGUCGAACUAUCUCUUGGACAGCCCCUCGAAGUACUAUAUGAGCCGCAAGACCACGGUGCUAUCGAAGCGGUUGCUAAUCUCAAGACCGCGCUUCGGGUUCUGGACUUUGUGCAUGAUAGAAGUGGGAGUCGCUAUUGUGAUGUAGUGAAAAUGUGCUUGCUCUGGACCGGCCCUGAUGGAGACCAACUUGACGAUAAAUCGCUGCAAAAUGCGGUCUUUGAAAAGGUUGUGAUGCCACUUCUGGAUGACCUUGAUGAUUUUGAGGGAAGCUCUUUUAUUCGUUGA